AGCAAGUGUUGAUGGAUCAUAGCCCUUUUCCAUUUCCACAUCCACCAGCCAUAACCACGCUUCCUUGGGAACUCAAAACAGGUUUAGAUUGAUGCUCUUUUCCCUCUUUGACACAUCUCCAGUGAACUCACAGACCUGAAACUUGUUCAAAGGUGACCCAAGGGGAAUAGCACAGAUGUGCAUCCAUUUCCUUUUCCAUUCAAAUUGAGCCAAAUUGUAUUUUUGGAGUGUGCAGUGAGCAGCCAGGCCAUGGGACAACGCGUGAUGUGAGGGGAGUCUGCUGGGCCAUGAAAAUCUUGGGCUGUGAGGUCACAGCUUCAAAUACUGCACAGCCUCCUCAGUUAAAGACUUCUUUGCCACAGCCUUGGUUUAGGUGCAAAAGUUGUGUGGGAUCUUCCAAACUCUGCCUGUGAGUACUCCACAGCAGGACAGGUCAGGCUGACUGCACACACAGGCACACGGACACACACCACACACACUGGAAUGAGGAUCUGCCUGCAACUGAGGCCCCGUGUCAAUUAAACUGAACAGAUCCUGCUCAGGAGGUUAAAAAUAGUAAUAUUGUUUUUCAGUCUCUGGUAGCAAAGGACCAGCAACUUCUCCCAUGUUUCAUUUCCUGUGAUAGAGCAAUACCUGUACAGUCUUUUCUCAUUUCUCUUGUCUUUUCUUCUAGAAAGAAUAUUCCCUUCAGUCCAAGGGUCCGAGUGGAAACAAGAAGCCAGGGAGUGGCAGUUCAGGUGAGUGCCAGCAGCCCAUGCUGCCUCUCAAAGAACUUUGGAGGCAAACUAGGAGGGACUGGGGCUUCUGCUCACACUUGGUACUGCUGAGCCCUUGGCUGGGAAACAUGGCUGUGAUGAGGGAAAAUGCUGGGAUGUGGAAAGGUGAAAGCAAGUGAAAGAGCACCCCUGUGUCUGUGAGAACCUGGCUUCUUUCUCCAGUCCUUCACAGGAGUGUCAGGCCAGGACAUGGCCUGGACCAUGCACCCUUGGGUGCUGCAGAGUGUGACCACCCCAGUGGUGCCCCCGCAGCUUUCCCUAUUCCAUUCUUUCCUAUGGAAAUGGGUUUGCUUCAUCCCUGACCCUCCUGGGACUGGGACACUGCAGGCUGGCACUGGGCAACCUGGGCAGAACUGGACCACACAACCCACUGAAGAGCCAAAAGGGGUUGCUGGAGUGGUUUAACCCUUUCUUCUCCCCCACCUUUGCAGCCUUUGGUUUCCCAGGCUGUGGCAGUUCAGGGACAACCAACAUGGCACAGCCACGGCGAUGAUGGGGACAAGAAGCCCGGUUCAGGCAGGGGCUGCAUCCAGAGAUGCUGUGGCAUCACACAAGCUCUGAUGCCACCAGGACACCCGUGGCCCUGUGUAGGGGCAGCUUCUCCCUGUGGCAGCCCUUACCCCUGGGGUGCAGCAGUCGGAGGAUGACAGGGUGUUGCAACAUGCCAGGGAAUAAUCACGAUAGCUGGAGCGGUUGCCCUGGUGCCGGCUUGGCUGUUGCAGUGGUUGCUAAAGAGAGUGGGCGUGCGGCUUCCUCUGGGGCGAUCUGAUUUCUCCAGGAGCGUGGUUCAGGCACGUUGAGGAGCACUCGUCCUCCGUGGGGCAGGGACGCGACCCCGCCACCAGCGGCAGGGGCUGUGCCGAGCCUGGGCACGCACAGGGCUGCUUGCUCUGGGGAGAAAAAGCGAUUAGCUUGUUCAUCCAGCCUGGGAAAACAUCAUCAGGCAACAAAGAGCGAAGGGAAGAAGUUUUCAGGGCGGCAGAGGGACGGGCACUGAAGAGCCGCAGCGCUCGGCCGGGUCCGUGCGGGUGGCAGGAGCCGCAGGGAGGGAGCACCGGAGCAGAGCCACCUCCACGUGAUCCUCGUCCCUGUGCCACCGCAGGGACCUGGCAGGAGCCUGGCAGCCUCCUGGGACCGGCCAAAAGUCACCCGGGCAGAGUGCGGGCGGGCGGCAGCCCCAGCACAGCCCCAUGUCGUGGGGCACAGGGCAGCACCUGCCCCCCGCGCUCCCCAGGGCCGCGCUGCGGAAAUCAGCAUCAAUGUACACGGAAAUACAGCGGGAACGGCCAGAUGGUGGAAAUAUCCUGACUCACCCAGACUACAUAGAUGGAAACCCAGACCUCAUCAAACCUAAAAAGCUCCUAAAUCCUGUAAAAGCCUCCAAGAGCCAUCAAGAGCUGCACAGGGAGCUGCUGAUGAACCACAAAAGAGGUUUGGGCGUGGAGAGCAAGCCAGAGCUGCAGCGAGUGCUCGAGCACCGACGGCGAGACCUGCUCAUCAAACAGAAGAAGGAAGAGGAAGAGGCAAAGAAAUUGCAGUCUCCAUUUGAAAAGGAGUUAUUAAAGAGGCACCAGAGGCUGGAUCAGCUGGAGAAAGAGCAGGAGAAGCAGGAAGACCAUGCACCAGAAUUCAUUAAAGUCAAGGAAAACCUGAGAAGAACAUCAACGGUGACAGGGGACGAGAAAGCAGCAUAACUUCUGCCAAAACCCAGCGGGAUCUGACCAAGGCCAGGGCCAACACCCCCACUGAAAUCUCUGUACAUGGUGGACAUUCCCAGCCACGCCAUCGGGGCUACUUGCAGUUAUUAACACUUGUUCCAGUAGAAGGCACUGAAAAGGUUUUCCCAGACCAGGAGGGAAUCACUGUGGAAAAAGUGCAGUAUUCACCAAAGUACUCACACAAGUGGAUGCAGAGAGAAUGGUGUUAUUUUCCCCCCAAACUGUGGGUGCAUACUAAUCACCAGCUAACUCUUGGUUAACUCUAGAGACACAGUGAAUAUUUCAAAGAGGGAAGUCUGUAGGAACAGCUUUGGGGGAGUCCUGCUUCUUCCUGGAGGCAGGUUUGCCAUGCACAAGGGGACAAGAGGGCAGCUGCAGCUCCUAGAAACCUGGUAACUAAAAGGGACAACCUGUGUAUUACUGAGAACAGCCCAGGUCACCAUAAUGGCUUUCCCAAGGUCACUGGCUUUCCCAAGGUCAAGCAUGGCUGAGGCUGUGUGUCUCAUCAGCACACCUGUACUACCAGAAAAACCAACCUCUUUGUGCCCUUACCAGUGCAGCACAGGCAGGUGCAGCUGUACUUCACAAGCACCUUUAAACAGCAUUUUAGACAUUUGAAAGUGGCUUUUUAGGCAAUUCUAUGCUCAGGCAGAAAAUAUAUUAGGCUAUUCCAUCAGUUCCCCAGGUGGAAGGCAAAUGCUGUGUGCAGAAAAUAAAGGCUGGGUGUUCCCAGCACACGUGUCCAUGAAGAGUGCAGUGACCAGGCAGCAGAUCAUUGUGGAUGCAGCAGACAGACAAACUGCUGCUUGCCCCUGCACUACUGAGCUCCAUCCCCUUGCCCAGCAGGUGGACAUGUGCUGCCAUAGGGACCCACAAGAAAUACCCUGUAAUGGAGAGGGGGUGGUGUGGUCAUGUCCCACCAGUGGCAGCUGUCCUGUUAACCACCCCACAUGCAGCUGGUACCUGUGGGCACCAGGGGAUACAGGGCAUAUAGGUCCAGAUGCAAAAUUACUUGUCAGUGCUUCUCAUCCCCUUUUUUGAGGUCAGAGCUGCCUCAUUGCAGUUGCCACUUUACAAAGCUAAAACUCUUCUUGCUGCUGGUAUGGCCAAGCUGAGGUGGAUGGUGCAUUUGCACCAUGUAUGGAUAGAGCCUGUCACACUUAUGGGGCACCUGUGCCCUGGGAUAUCCACAUCUAGAGCUGGAAGUGUGUUUUCAGGAAUAUCUCAGCUUCUUGCUUCUCACAUCAACCCUGAUACAAAGCCUGAACAGCAUAACUCACCAACUGCCUGGCUCUAGAACGGCCUCAGUGGACCUCACAAGCUGGGCAGGUAAUACCUGGUUAAUCCACACUUAUUAUCUGUGGAUCUAUAUGUAACUUAAGGGAAACUGGGCAUUUAUGCAUAUUUAUAAAAGAGUUACUAAUCCAUCCUCUAGUCUCCUGGUCCAGUGGGAUGUUUCACUUUAGAGGGCUGUUGCUUGACCUGGCAGCUUGGGUGAAACAUAUGAGCCACAUCACGUGUCAAGAGCUGUGAUACAGAUACGGAGUUUCUGUGACAGAAUGGACUUUAAAAGCCACUAACUCAGCUUCAGCCCUUGAGCUCAUCUCAUGGCACUGCCUCUGCUGUAGUUUUUAAGGCCCUUGCUUCUUCUAAACAUGAUUUUAUUUCAGAAAUCCAGUGCAUAUUGUCACUAUGGGUCAAACGAGAUUUAAAAAGAUCUAUUAAUGGCCUUUCCAACUGUGAAGCUUUUUAUACAGGUUAUUAUUAAAACCAUAAGGAAGAAGCAGCAUCCAAUAUUUUUUCGUGGGGGAAAGAAGCCGAAUUUAUCUAAGGAUAAAGAAGUGUUGCUAAGGAUGCUUGUAUGUAGCUGUAAAGAAUGCUGCAUGAUACUCCACAGGUAACAUCAGUGUAAGUAACAGGCCAGAAUUACUGUGCUGAGGUUUUGUGAGGAGUUAUGGCACAGAUUAAGUAACCUUGAUCAAAGAGCUCAAAAAAAUUCAGCAAAUUAAUUUGUAAUUUUGCAACAGAUGGAAAUGCACUCCAGGAGAGGCAAUCUGUCACUCCAUAUGCACCAGUGAAAUCCAUGUUACCAGCUCACCCCGGCUGGGACAGGGGCAUUUAUGCAAGUCCUUGGGUGGGAGCCAUCUAGUAAGGUCAGCAGGGAAGAUGCAGAAAGGGUUUUGCUGCUUUUCUGAAGUAUUCAAUUAUUAUCUGGAGGGGAAAAAUAAAUCAAGGUGCCUCCCUUUGAUGUGGUGUCCACCAAGCACAGAGAGGGGCUGCACACAACUCAGUCCAUUGUGGCUAAGGGGUGUCUGGGUCAUUCCCAGUAUGUGUCCCAAAGGGUGAGGGCCAGCUCACACUGUCCUAACUCAGGCUGGGCUAGGAGAGUCACAAGAAAUCCCUCCAGCAGUGGAGUGACAGCAGAAAGCCCCGACCCAGCUGCCCACCAAGGCUGUGAGCCGGGAGCCUCCAGCAGGGGCAGCAGCACAGGCAGCAUCCUGGGACACACAGCAGGGCAGACAGAGCUCCAGGCUCCAGCCCUCAGAGAAGGCACAUAGAAAAUAAUCCUUUUAGUGCUGAAGUGCUGGAUUAAACGUCACAGCAUUUCCCAGCACAGCUCUUCUCACCCCUCCAAACUGAUAACCCCCAGCUGACACAGAGCCCAUACAACUUCCACCGAUGCUCUUGUGCUUCAUGGAACAGCAGUGAGGAAGUGGCACCCUAAAAAAAACAGUGUAGGUAUCAUCAGGAAGAUUUUGGGGUAUAUUUGUGUCUCUAUUUAUUUUGCAUUAAUUUUUCCCCAUGCUCCUAAAGCAUAUUCCUGAAUAAAACUGGUGUAUCCAGAAGAUACAGAUUAUCAGAGUAUUGAUGGAAGAGAAUUUUUUGCACUGUGUAUGUUGUUUAUGUGGUAUAUAGUCUGUAUUCUGUGUUGGUGCUUAUACAUUUAUAUAAAACUGUAUGUCAUGCACCUCUUCUGAAUUUACUCACUGUUUAAUGUGGACACUUCUGAAGAAAUAAACUAAAUGAUGAUUGUAUAUUUUGCUCUUUUCCACAAGGAACUAAAAAAGCUCCAAGGAUACAAACAGACAUCAGCCAAAUAAAUGAAUGAACAUAAAAAACAGUGAA